UUCCACCCCCACUGAUCUCUCAAAAUCAUCUCUUUCUUCCAGAAAAACACAUCUUUGAUCCGUUUCUAAGCUGAAAAAAAGUUAAACUUUCUGUUUCUCUUUCUGGGUUUUUUUCAUGGAUUCAUCUUCUUCAACCACGGCGCAGCCGCGGAGCUUCUACUUGGAUGAAAAAUGGAAGCUUUCGAAGAGAGAAAGCCUCUCUUCGUCAUCGUAUUCGUCGUCUUUCACGGCGAGGAGUAGGCAACGAUGCGCCUUCACGAGGAAAUGUGCCAAGUUUGUGAAGAAACAAAGGGCUCGCUUCUACAUCAUGAGGCGCUGCGUUGCCAUGCUCGUCUGCUGGCGGGAUUUUGCCGAUUCUUGAACCGAAUUCUGAAGUUUAAUCUCGAGAGAUAACAAAGCUUUGGGAUUUUGGAUUUAUUAAUGGCGUCCAAGCAACAACAAUAUAUAAUGUUAUAUGCCGCGACUGCGAUCUCGCCUGCGGUACAGCAGUAACAGUGCCCUCCGUGACCGUUAUAUAUGAUCGUGAUACUCGUAAUCCUUGUAAUAACAUCCGUUAUGUUUGUAAUCUUGACAAAUGCGACCACAAUCUUGUUUAUGUUCGUAAUCUUGACAAACACGACCAUAAUCUUAUUUGAAUCCUUGAUUUGGAUUUUAGGAUUAGAACGUCGACUUUUAGGAUUUCUUUUUGAAAUUUUGUAAGUAUAUAUAUAUAUAUAUAUAUAAUGUUAUAUGCCGUGACUGGGAUCUCGGUCGCGGUAUAGCAGUAACAGUGUUCUCUGUGUGACCGUGAUACUCGUAAUCAUUGUAAUAACAUUAGUUAUGUUCGUAAUCUUAACGAACGCGACCACAGUCCUGUUUGAAUCCUUGAUUUGGAUUUUAGGAUU